UUGAAUGAUUCCGCUCCCAUAGUUAACAUAGCUGGCCUCUCAACUUUUACUUAUCUCUCUCUCUUGCUUCCUUUCCACAUCUCUUACCUGUGAAACUUUCAGCUCUUUUUGGAUUGCUUGUAAAAAAAAAAAAAAAGAAAUCAGAAACAUUUGAGGAAGGCUUGAGGCCGCCACCCACGGAGAAGCUCUGCAUGUAUGUGGUUCACCUCUCACUGAUUGAUCUGUUUCUCUGGAUUGAGUGCUGCCUGCCCUGGCUGUGCAGCUGCUUCCCUCUCACACAGGAGUGAGUGCUGAGGACUUGUGUUCUGCCGUGGUUUAAUAAGUAAAAGGAAAAAGGAGUCACCAUGCUGCGAGAAGCUGUAUCAAACAUUUUAAAAUUCCAAACAUUUUUGGAAUCGAGAAUUGAUGUCCGAAUCAUAAACUACCCACUGAUGGAUGGUCCCGUAAAGAUGGCCGCCAUCCUGAUAGCCUAUGUCAUCUUCUCAAAGUACAUUGGACCUCGCCUGAUGGCAAACCGUAAACCAUUCCAUCUCAACUCAGCCAUGAUAGUCUACAACCUCAGCAUGGUUUUACUUAACGCAUUCGUGGUGUACGAGUUCCUGAUGGCUGGAUGGGGCACCACUUACACGUGGAGAUGUGACCUUUGUGAAUUAGGAACCAGCCCAGAGACUUUACGGAUGGUUCGAGUGAGCUGGUUGUUUUAUAUUUCAAAAUAUGUCGAACUUCUUGACACAGUGUUCUUUGUGCUGAGGAAGAAGCAAAGCCAGAUCACAUUUCUCCACGUGUUCCAUCACUCCUUCAUGCCCUUUACGUGGUGGUGGGGUGUCACCCUGACUCCUGCUGGAGGAAUGGGCACCCUCCAUGCCUUGGUGAAUGCAGCCGUCCAUGUCAUCAUGUACUUCUAUUACCUACUCUCUGCUGCUGGACCUCGCUUCCAGAAAUACCUGUGGUGGAAGAAGUACAUGACCGCCAUUCAGCUUAUACAGUUUGUUGUGGUCUCCAUCCACAUCAGCCAAUACUACUUCAUGGAAACGUGUGACUACCAGGUUCCCAUGUGGAUCCACCUGAUUUGGAUGUAUGGCGUCUUCUUCUUCUUCCUCUUCUCCAACUUUUGGAUCCAGGCCUACAUUAAGGGAAAGCGGCUUCCCGUCGUGGAGGACAAGCCCAAGCAGAACGGCUCGACCAGUGAAGCUGUCUCUGUGGUGGCCAAUGGGAAACACCUGGAGAAUGGGAAUGCGCACCACCAUACCAACGGCAAAACCUUCCUGGGCAAAGUAAAGGAAAUCUGACUUGGGGACUCUGGAGAGGCUCUAUAGAGCUACCUUGGAAAUGUCAUUCGUAUCUAGUAGCUUAUUGAAACGGCACAGAUUUAGAUAGGUCACUUCUAAACUGCAUAAUUUCUUUAUAAAUCUACUUUUCUUAUGCACACUUGUUGGGAUGUGUUUUGGUGGUGAUCUCCGCUUGCCACAAUGUUUGUUAGUCGUUGUGAAAACUAUUAACUGUGAUGAACACUGUAUGGAAAUUGGUGCUCAUUUUGUCACUCAUAGUAUUCCUCAACUCAGGCUUGACCCACACAAGCCUGAUCCACACUACCGUUUGGCUGGCAUGACCAUUGUUGCACAGUUUCCACUGAAGACCGGCACAUAUAAGCAACUUCUACAGACUUUUUGUCAAAACAAAGCUUUGAUUGUAAAUGUCAUAUAUUAAGUUUUGUUCUGUUUUUAUUUAUCUUUUGAAAUAAAACACUUUUUUAGAUAAAAGUCUGUCAUUUGGAAAGUAGUUAUGAUGUGCACUUUGUAAGAAACAUCCCACACCUCAACUUUAAUAAUUGAGGAAAAUAAAUGUUAUACUGUAUAUUACAGUAUUGAUUUUUUUGCUAAAUUAGGUAGUGACAUAUCCAUUUUCAUAUUAAUCAUGAGUUCUGCAACACUGUAUGGUCUAUUCUCAGCGCACUGUGCGUAAAGUUAAUAGAAAGUACUUUCUUUUGAAUUCGAAUUUAAUCAAACGUGUGCCGUUUCUGAAUAUCACUGCAGAAUGUAUAUAUUGAUUGACCUACCAGUGUUUUUACUGCUGUUCAUUACACAUGUGCACUGAUGACUGUUGAAGGGUGAUCUAGUUUUGAAAGACUGAUUUUAAAAACUUUGUAUCUGAUAUUUGCCACAAUGACAUAGGAGUGGAUGUGUAUCCAGGAGCUGUUUAUAUAUUACAAUCAACCCUCAGUAGAUUAACCUGUUUCUGACUUACGCAGAAAUAAAAUCUCUAAAUAUUUUGUAAUCUUUUGUUUUUCAAAUGUUUCACCAAAGAGGUGAAUAGUCAUAUUUAUA